GUUCCCAUUCACUCCUGUCUCUGUGAAGAUGAUGAAGAGGAAGAAAUGGAGAGGAAGAAAGGAACCCAAGCGUUAUAGCUGUCAACACUGUGACAAAUCCUUCACAACAUCUGGAUAUUUAAAGAUUCAUCAGAGAGUUCACACUGGACAGAAUCUACACAGCUGUGAUCAAUGUGGGGCAGCUUUCACACGACAGAGUAGCCUAAAACCACAUCAACGUAUUCAUACUAAAGAAAAGCCGUACAGCUGUGAUCAAUGUGGGGCAGCUUUCACACAACAGGGUAACCUAAAAAAACAUCAACGCAUUCACACUGGAGAGAAGCCGUACAGCUGUGAUCAAUGUGAGGCAGCUUUCACAAGUCAGAGUAACUUAAAAAUACAUCAACGCAUUCACACUGGAGAGAAGCCGUACUCGUGUGAACAAUGUGGGAAAACUUUUUCUCGGAGUCAUCACCUUGAAAUGCACCAACGUGUUCACACUGGAGAGAAGCCGUAUUGGUGUGAACAAUGUGGGAAAACUUUUUCUCACAGUAAUAGCCUUAAAAACCACCAGCGCAUUCACACUGCCUCGUGAACAUGUUUUCAGAGCCAAGCACUGUACGUUAUUGUUACUUUCUUUUGAAGGGUUAGUCCUAUUAGAAGUGGGUCAAAUGCUGUUUCUCCUGAUGCUGUGUGUUUUAGUGAUCACUUACUGAGAAUAUAUUUUCUCAUAUAAAAAAAGCUGCAUAUAAAACAAAAACAGCUCCUUAUGAAAAAAUAUACACGUUACAGUCAGGUAGCUUUGUGUAGCCCUUGACGUCCAGCCGUCUGCUGUCAGAGCAACAGCUGGUGCUUCGGACAAUUGGUUCUCUAUUUGGGUUUUGCUUUUUUGUACAACACAGGAAUUAUGGUCUGGCCGAAAUGGGCUCGUGAAGGAAUAGUGUAACGGGGCUCAAUUACUUUAACCUUGUUCGUAAAACCUGUGUAUUUCACUACAGAGUAGGGUCUCCUAUCCGCGGCUAUAAAUGUACCAAUCGCAGCAGUGAUGUCUUUUGCCCUGUUUGAAUCAGUUGGAAAUUGCUGCUUAAAUGCUGUGUGAAUGUUAAAUGCUGAAAGGCUGAUUACAAUGCAUUGCUGGCUUGAAUGUCGAUAGAUAGAUAGAUAGAUAGAUAGAUAGAUAGAUAGAUAGAUAGAUAGAUAGAUAGAUGAACUCACUUAAAUUGUCAUGUCAGAGCUGGCAAAAAUUAUGUUUUGCAGUGGUCUAUCCUAACGCCCCCUAAUACACGCCAUGGUUCAGAUAAAGGAUCUUUGAUGUUCACAAAAUUUUAAGGAACAUGUAUAAAAAUAAUUAGUUUUUUUCACCUGACAGGAAGUCAAUCAUCUUGGAUUUUGUGCACAAAUUUUUAUUCUGCGAACAUGUUUAAGGACUUUAGAAUGCAGAAAAACUCUCAAAACCUUGCAGCCAUGUUCAAACCAGUAACUUUAACAGUGUUUCCCACAGGUGGUGGUGGGUCGCGCCAGAUGUGAAGGCGCGGUGCAUGAUGGCUGGGUACAGUAAUAAACUAGUCAAACGAAGGUGAAAACAAUGACCAUAUAACAUCAGACAAUUUAGAAAUAAAUAUCUAUUUACAUACUAGAAAAUGCGUGGGAAUGCUGAAUAGCUGAAUUGCUAAAGCUAAACUGGAUGAAUAGCUUAAAUCCGUAAGAAGAAGUUGAAGAAGUGAGAAUAGUUGAAAAAGUGGAAAUCUGUUUAAUAAGUAUGAAUUUCCUUAAAAAGUUAAAUGGAGUUCUGAAUGUAUUAAGCAUGGAAGACUUACAAAUGCUAUGAGAAACAUGUAUUAAAAUGCCGAAAUUAAAAAAAAAAUGUUUAAAAAAUCUCAAAUGGAUUGCACUGCUGAAAAACUUGGAAUUUGAAAUGUAAAAUUGUCAGUUGGAAGCUGAACUGCAUUACCUUAAUAAGCUAACAGCGGAAAAACAUUUCAACAAAAGCUGGAAGCUAAAAUGUAAUAUUGUCAAAAGUGGAAGUUCAAAUAAAUUGACUAAA